AUGUCGUAUUGCGCUGACCACUCGUAUCUUCAGCUUGCGGUACUGAGCUUGCGCUUCGACCUUCUAGAUUAUCUUGAAAGUCAAGGUAUCGGACAAACCGCCCUGAGGCUACUAAGGAAUGAGGGGGAACAGUCAACAGAACAUGACUGGUCUUGCUUUUCCAUACCGCAGAUGUUGCAACACCUCAUCGAGCUCGGCGCUCCCAUCGAGAAACCUUUCUUUGGUGGGAAUGCAAUACACUCCUCGAUGUGGAAGAUGCUCAGCAUUCUCAUCAAGCAUGGGGUCGGUCGCCACGACCUGGGUGUAAAUGGCUUGACACCAUCGAUGCUCGCUCGGGUCAAGUGGCAUUGGGCUGCGUGGUGCGAAGCGUUAGAGCGCAACAAUUUGCGGAUCGAGGAUGUUCUCGAGAAAGAGGCGAAUACAUGGCUGUUGGAUGACAACUGGAAAGUAGUCUGGAGAGAUCGUCUUUAUUUUCGCUGGGAAUAUCUCGAUACUAAUUUCGUGGAUGACAUUCCGGAUAUCCAUCCUGUUUCGAGGUGGGUCACCAAAUAG